AACAACAGGCGACAUUCUGUUAUUGUAAGCUUUGACUUUUUAUUAUUUGUUUCCACCAAACUGCAUUUCUAUUCAAUUAAAUGUAAAUGUUAAACUAACAACACAACAUUGCUAGCCUGUUGUUUCCCUUAUAUGAGCACCGGCAUCAAAAUGUCAUAUGGCUCGAUGGUCGUUAUACGGUAGGAUGGUUGGUCGUUGAUGAAUGGACUGAGUAGGUCUGGAGGUAGCCAUAUAGGGGACAGUGAGCGCUGUCGUUACAUGAAUAGCAGGUUGAUGCAAAGGUGAAUUUGAAUGGACCCACAAUGGGUUAAAUGUCUGGGUGGUAUACAGUUAUAGAUAGGUAGGUGGGCAAGAUAAGGAUAAGCUGUGUAGAUGGGUAGAUGGUCGAUUGUUGGUUCAAUGGCUGCUAAGUACUUAUUUAUAUGCUAGGAAGGUAAGUCUAUGGAUUUGCCAUUAACUUGAUAAAUGGACUUAAUUGGCAUAAGGGUGACCAGGUAGGGCUGGUUACAUGACGGGACCAAUAGACAGAUAGAUGGUGAAUUGAUUGAUGAACUGAUAAUGGGUUACAUGGUUACUUUGUGAUUGGUUGAUGAAUAGACCUAGAAGGUAUGAAGGUGCCCAGAUGGGGAAGAUGACUAAGACUAACUUGAUGGGGCAUUGGCUAAAUGGAUAUAUACAUAGGUAAAGGGUUAGAUGGAUAUGCUGUACAUAGGGAUGCAUGUUCAAUAUACUGUAUACCAGGGGUCUCAAACUCAAUUUACCUGGGGGCCACUGGAGCUAGGGUCUGGGCAAGGCUGGGCCGCAUCAGGUUUUCCAUCAGGUUUUUUCAGAUUAAAAUUAACAAAGCAUUAUUAGAGCCCUGUAGACAUGACAAAACACAACUAUAGUCACAUUUAUACUUUUUUUAUUUACAACAUAUUGCGCAACUGCAGGGUCUUGAGACACAUGCUAACUCGCAAACUAGAGAGCUAGCGACCUAAACGGUAGCCUUCAAGUUGUUUCCUUUAAACUUAAAUAGCCAAACACUUACCACUUCCAUACGGAUAGGGAGAAUAACUAUUAACAGUUAUUUAACCUUUAACAUGAACAUUAAUCAAACGUAAUAAUUUUUUCUGGGUACAUGAUACCAUACAGCAUCCAUAUCAAACUUGCGCCGGCCGCACUAACAUUAAACUUUCAUAUCAAGGCGGGGGCCUCAAACUAGUGUCCUGCGGGCCACACUUGGCCAUGUAUGUAUUUAUUCAUGUAUUGCUGAGCCUUACUUUUACACUAUAUUGAAUGGAAAUUGAUAUGUGCAAAGUAUAAAGACCAAGCAGAAAACAGACGCUCAAGUUGAAGCAAAGAUCGAGUUUAAGCCUUUUGCCAUGAAGCCCUUUAGAGCAGACCACCACCAAGCUCAUCACUUGACUCUGUUCAUAUCGUCCUAUAUUGGUCGACCCCGCUGUCACACCCAGUAUUGAUGAAUUGACGGGUAUGGUUGAAUAAAUAGUAAGAUGGCAGGUUGGUGGGUGAAAGUUGAAAGGAUGGUAGUUAUCGUUAUAGCCAGAAGGUUGGUCAGAGACAUUGCCGUUGGGUUGACGAAUGGGUGUGAAGUCGAGGAUUGUUUGAAAGAUGGGCAAAGUAGCUGGGUGUAUAGUACCUAAAUGGGUGAGUGAUUGGGCCAAUGGUCGGAUGGGUGGAUGUAUGUUUCGUUGGAGGGAUGCAUGAUAGGUAGUUAUAACCAGGUUUGUUUGAUGACUAGUUGGGUACGUAUGGAUGACGGCAGUGUAGCCAGUUCAGUGGAUAUAAGUUUUUGAUGAAUAAAUACCACUGAUGUCCUAGCAUGGUGGGCCAAUCAGUUUGCUUAUACAGUCAGUGGGUCAUUAGGACAGAUCUUCUGGAGCCAUGUAGGUCUUUCUGACUUUGGUCUUUGUAUCAGAAUGUCUUGUCGUUAGCGUGCCAAGACAAUUACAGCAAGAUGGGCGCCACAUUAGUCUUUGUAAUAUUGCUCAGCAUCAGUAAGUAAUAAAUUCAACAAAAGCCCCAGUAAUGUUCUUUGCUUUUAUUAUUCAUCACUCCUUUCAAUCGCAUCAGCUCUCUGUCCCCCGCCUUCUGAGCCUGUAGUGAUACACCCCCGGUUUAGCAUUACUUCACAUUAAUUAUACAUGUGGUAUUGAACAGGUUUUCUCUAAGAUCGCCUAAAUAUGGAACCCCCGGAGAACACCUCCAGGGCUCUGAAGGACACUCGUCAUCCCUCAGUACCCUCCCACAUUUCUCCUUUUCUCCUCACAUACUUCAUACCAUCCCUCUGAGUCAAAAUGAGCUUAUUCUUUUUUCCUACCACUGUGGUUAUGUUUCUGGGAACAAGCUUUAAAAUGUUUUGGUCUAAAACCAAAGGAAAUUGAAAGCAACUCGACACCAACUGAACCGAUUACACCCUAAUUUGUUUACAUCAUUCACCAGAUACCUUUUUAUCACAUUAGUGUUUAUACCUCGAUAAAUUCAAUGUAAAUCACAGUAAUCUCUGAAGUGAGACUAUGAAUGAAAGAAAGCCACAGACAUUGAUUGUUGUCCUCUCGACUAUGAUGUCACUUUUGGGUUGGCUCCAGUUAUGUUUCGAAUUGCAUUCUCAUAUCAGGAAUUGAUGUUUUUACCACAUUACUGGCUCCUUCAUGGAUUUAUUUGCUUGUUUCCUUGUUGGAGUGUUGGUAGAUGUUAUUACAUGGAGAAAAAAAACGAGUUUUUAAAACUUAUCAACUUUAACUAAUUUAACACAAUAGUUUUAACACAAUACAUUCGUUUAGGUUGAAAUAAAUGUGGGAUCAAAAUGGCAUUUUAAUUAUUUUCAGUAGGGCCUUUUUUUGUAAUUAUGAGCAAAUGUGGGUUUUUUCGGUUACUCUGUCAUUUCAGGCUAAUGGAAAAGACAGAACAGAAAUGACAAUUUGAUUAUUAUUUUUUUAAACAAGAAAAAUGUAAUGGACUUUUAAGUAUUCUAUCCAGCCUAUCCAGGAAAAUAUGAAUGACGGACUAUUCUUACACUUGUUUGAAAACCUAAAAUGUAUUAACCAUCCCUACGGGUUCAUGUGGAGUAAAUGCAUUUUCCUCUGCAAAAAGUCUUUUUGUUGUUGUUGUUGUUGUUUCCAGGGGUCUCCACUAGAGAACAGCAGAGUGCCACGCUCCUCAGACAAGAUAUUAAGUUUUGUGCACAAUUGUAACAGAACCCCAGGGAGUGAGUGGUCCCAGUUCCCUUUUCAUUACACUACAAGAGUGUGUCAGGACUCCACUUUGUGCUCUUAGGUCCCUGUAAGCACAUCCCAGAGGGGAAAGUGGAACAAUUACAAAGUGGGUCACUGUCAGAGUUGCCUGGGAAGGAGGUGUUACUACAAACUGAUGAUAGAGUUUGUUUUGAUGACAGUCAUAGAAAUGUAGCAUUUACCUAAAUUUGUCAAUCGACUUGAGGUAGGGGGGGUCCUUUUGUCUCUUCUAAAUAUUUGGACCAUAACAAAGGGAGUCGGAUUAUCUCUCCUUGUGCAAAAAUGCUCCCCCGAGAUCCGCUGGUGGUGAAAAAAGGGGCAGUCAAUUAAAAUGGCAGAUCUAAAAAGGGACACAGUCAGGGAAAAAGUGUGACAGAAAGAGAGUGACGAGCAGAGUGGGUGACAGGAUAGUGAUGAGAAGGAAUGGAACCAUGAGAAGGUAACAGCAGAGCAACCCAACUGAGGAGACCGUGCAAGGAAAGUUAUAUAGAAGACGAGGGCACAAGAUGAGCGUACGGUGGGAGACAGAGGGCCUUCAGACAGUUGGCAUCGUGUGUCUGGUCAUCAUGUUCCUCAAACUGAUGCACCUGCUGGGCCUCAUUGACAUCACCGAGACCGACAGCAGCGACAGUGAUCUGGAGCUGUCGACGGUGCGUCACCAGCCGGAAGGCCUGGACCAGCUGCAGGCUCAGACCAAGUUCACCAGGAAAGAGAUUCAGUCUCUCUAUAGAGGCUUUAAGAAUGAGUGUCCCAGCGGGCUGGUGGAUGAGGAGACAUUCAAGUCGAUCUAUUCUCAGUUCUUUCCCCAAGGAGACGCAACCACAUAUGCUCACUUCCUCUUCAACGCUUUCGACAUCGACAGAAAUGGCUCUAUCCGUUUUGAGGACUUUGUCAUCGGCUUGUCCGUGUUGCUCAGAGGUUCUGUCACUGAGAAGCUCAACUGGGCCUUCAACCUCUAUGACAUCAACAAAGACGGCUACAUCACCAAAGAGGAGAUGCUGGCCAUAAUGAAGUCCAUAUAUGACAUGAUGGGCCGCUACACUUACCCAUGUGUGCGAGAUGAGGCGCCCUCUGAACAUGUGGACAAGUUCUUCCAGAAAAUGGACAGAAACCGAGAUGGAGUCGUGACCAUUGAAGAGUUCAUUGAGACCUGCCAGAAGGAUGAGAACAUCAUGAACUCCAUGCAGCUGUUUGAAAAUGUGAUAUAACCAAUCAAGAUGCUGCUUGGAAAUAUUUUUUCAUCAAGGAGACACUCACAGAAUACUAGCAUCACACACUUAAUACGAGUACUGUAAAGACACAAAGAGGGUUUUUUGUUUCAUCUGUCACCAUGCUUCUUUGAGUUGCACCUUGCAGAUACUUGUGCACAUGAAGGACUGUCACAGACAGACGAUGAGCUUCCUGGAUAGAUCACACAUCUUUUUAUGUGUGUUUUAUGUCCUCAGUAAAUGGCACAAAAGAACAUGAAAGAUUGAAGUCAUGAGCGCCAACACCCCAAAUGCUUGGACUCACUAAUUCCCUUUCAUUCUUGCACACUCAGUGCACAACGUCAGUCAUGCUGCGCACACUGAAAAAGAGAAACAAAGCAUGUUUGUUAUAGAAUAUGUGAUGUGGAAUUAGCCUGCACUGUAGUUUAAUGUUGAUGCGCCUGGUGCACAAAUGAAGGGACUUUUGUGUAUAUAGGGUAUGUAAAGCUGGCUGAUGGGUCUGAUCAAUGUUUAGUGACAGCUCCCCGUUGAAUUAAAGAUUAUUCCUUAAUUAUUGUGUUCUUUUGUAGUUUUUUGGAGAUUAUAUUGAAAAUGGAGCCAAAAUGGCAGCGUAUCUGUGCAAUAGUGCGACAAACAAGGACUGUAAAUGUGGGUUUUUUUUAAAUGCUGAAUGGAGGCUUUAUGUUGGUUUUUCAGUAUCUACUUGCAUGAUGACUCUAAAGUGCCACAGUAUAAUGUACAGUACAGUGGGACCUUUGUGACGUGGGUUAAUAAAGAUGCUGGCGACUCCUGUGACCUCCGCUCUGAGUGUCCUCUUUUCACAACAGUUCCCUCCAGUGCUGGGGCAUCCUUCACACAUAAUGAGCUAAUAAGCUAACACAGGACAAGUGUGACAGGGUGAAAGAGACAUAAAAUGU